UUCAUUUCUCGCUCCAACAUGUUGGCAGGAGGAGAAAGAGGAGGAUGCUGCGCUCUACCCUCGGUGCGUUCUUGUCACCUCUCCAGCCAGCGCAUGCUGUCUCUGACUCAGACUCAGCUUCAGCCUCAGCGUUCAGUUGUCUCCACUUGAAGGACUUCAGAGAGGAGGAGGUGGAGAAGGAGCCCAAGGAUAAACUGGAGAUCAGGACUUCUCACACCAGAGUCCCCAACAGGAACAACAACAGCAGGAAAGCAGAACAGAGCUCCUCAUCUGUGGUGGAAACUACUAAUACCUCAGCCUUGACUGCCUCCUCUGGUUUGCCUCCCUCCUCUUCCUCCUCCUCUCCUCCAAGAUCCAUGUGGCAACAGGCAAUGAGAAGGAAGCGGUACCUCCUGGAUAGGGCUGGGGAGUCUGGUGUGGGAGAUGGAGGAGUAGGAGGAAGAGGAGGAGGAGGAGGACAAGGUCAAGAGAAGAGGAACAGGUCUCCGGACUGGCUUUAUGAGUCCUACUACUGUAUGAGCCAGCAGCAUCCUCUCAUUGUGUUUCUGCUGCUCAUAGUGAUGGUAGCUUGCCUGGCUUUGCUGACUGUGUUCUUUGCUUCGGGACUGAACAUUGAGGACCAUGUGGCCUUUGUAAUCACUGUGCCCACAGCGUUGGCCAUCUUCCUGGCUGUAUUUGUACUGGUCUGCAUUGAGUCCAUCUUCAAGAAGCUCCUGCGUCUCUUCUCCCUGGUCAUCUGGGCCUGCCUGGUUGCCAUGGGUUACCUUUUUAUGUUUUCUGGUGGGAUAAUCUGUCCUUGGGAUCAGGUGUCAUUCUUCCUCUUCAUUGUGUUUGUGGUUUACACCAUGCUACCAUUUUCUAUGCGGGACGCCAUCAUCGCCAGCGUCCUGACCUCAGCCUCCCACACCAUUGUGUUGAUUGUGUGCCUCUCCACCUCAGGCACCAGCAUGGAACCGGUUGUUUGGCAGAUUUUGGCCAACGUUAUCAUUUUCCUGUGUGGGAACAUGGCAGGAGCGUACCACAAGCAUCUGAUGGAACUGGCACUAAAACAGACUUACCAGGACACAUGCAACUGCAUCAAGUCUCCCAUUAAACUGGAAUUUGAGAAACGACAGCAGGAACGUCUGCUGUUGUCACUGUUGCCAGCUCACAUCGCCCGUGUGAUGAAAGCUGAGAUCAUCCAGAGACUGAAGGGCCCAAAUUUUGGCCAGAUUGAAAACACAAACAAUUUUCACAACCUCUAUGUUCAGCGACACACUAAUGUCAGUAUACUGUAUGCUGAUAUAGUGGGGUUCACACGACUCGCCAGUGACUGCUCACCUGGAGAACUCGUGCACACGCUCAACGAACUGUUUGGAAAAUUUGAUCAAAUCGCCAAGGAAAAUGAAUGUAUGCGGAUCAAAAUUCUUGGUGACUGUUAUUACUGUGUAUCAGGCCUGCCGGAGUCUCUCCCAAACCACGCUAAGAACUGUGUCAAAAUGGGUCUGGACAUGUGUGAAGCCAUCAAGAAAGUACGAGAUGCCACGGGGGUCGACAUUAACAUGCGUGUUGGCGUGCAUUCAGGGAACGUCCUGUGUGGCGUGAUCGGACUGCAGAAGUGGCAGUAUGAUGUGUGGUCACAUGAUGUUACACUUGCAAAUCAUAUGGAGGCUGGAGGAGUGCCAGGGCGAGUUCACAUCACCUCAAUAACACUGGAGCAUUUAAAUGGUGCCUAUAAGGUGGAAGAUGGAGACGGACAGGAGAGGGACCCCUACCUGAAAGAACAUGGCGUCGUCACUUACUUGGUGAUCAACCCAAAGUUUGUCCAGGUGGAUCGCAGGAGUCCGCAGCAUCAUUACCGCCCUAGACAAACUUCAGACGGAGCAAAGAUGAGAGCGUCAGUCAGGAUGACCCGUUACCUGGAGUCCUGGGGGGCAGCCAAACCCUUCGCCAACCUCCACCACAGAGAUAGCAUGACCAAUGAGAAUGGGAAGAUCAACACGGCUGAUGUGCCGAUGGGACAGUAUCACUUCCAAAGAAGAUCAGAAAGGACAAAGUCUCAGAAGAAGCGGUUCGAGGAGGAAUUUAAUCAGAGAAUGAUCAGGACAUUUGAUGGGAUAAAUUCACAAAAACAGUGGCUCAAGUCUGAGGACAUUCAGAGGAUAUCGUUAUUCUUUCACAACAAAUCCCUGGAGAAGGAGUACAGAGCAACAACCUUGCCUGCCUUCAAAUACUACGUCACCUGCGCCUGCUUGAUCUUCUUCUGCAUUUUUAUUGUGCAGAUCCUCGUCUUGCCAAAGACAACUGUUUUGGGAAUAUCCUUUGGAAUGGCGUUUCUCAUCCUUUCCUUGAUCCUCUUUGUGUGUUUCAUUGGACAUUUUCUGAACUGCAGUAAAAGCACCUCCACGUCUUGGAUGUGGCUGCUGAGGUCCUCAGUUAUUAUUGCCAACAAGCCAUGGCCCCGCAUCACUCUCACCAUGACAACCACCGCUCUAAUACUCACAAUGGCAGUCUUCAACAUGUUCUUUUUGGAAGACAAUGUAUUGCCUGCAGUUCCUGUUUACAAUAUAUCCAAUGAAACACGCCUUUUCACUAAUGGACAACUCAUAACCAUCACUGACAAAAACAAUUUCUACCUACCAUAUUUAAUUUACAGUUGCAUCCUGGGCCUGAUUUCUUGCUCUGUGUUCCUGAGGAUAAACUAUGAGCUGAAGAUGAUGAUCAUGUUGACAGCCGUUGUGGUUUACAACAUCAUUAUUCUGCAAACACAUGCUUCCCUGCUGGAUGAAUACAGCAGAUUCUUUUACCGCACGGAAAACCUGGACAGACCAGGAGUCCUCAAAGACCUGAAGACUAUGGGCUCUAUCUCACUCUUCAUCUUUUUCGUCACUCUGCUUGUGCUUGCCAGGCAGAAUGAAUAUUACUGUAGGUUAGACUUUCUGUGGAAGAACAAGUUCAAGAAGGAGUGUGAAGAAAUCGAAACCAUGGAAAACCUCAACCGGGUUUUACUGGAGAACGUCCUGCCCGCUCAUGUUGCAGAGCACUUCCUGGCACGAAACUGGAAGAAUGAGGAUCUGUACCACCAGUCCUAUGACCUGGUCUGUGUCAUGUUCGCCUCCAUCCCAGACUUUAAAGAGUUUUACACCGAAUCUGACGUCACCAAAGAGGGACUUGAGUGCCUCAGGCUCCUCAACGAGAUCAUCGCUGAUUUUGACGAGCUGCUGUCCAAGCCUAAAUUCAGCGGAGUGGAAAAGAUCAAGACCAUCGGCAGCACUUAUAUGGCUGCUACGGGGCUAAACGCAUCACCUGGGCCUGAGUACACCUCACAGGAGCAUGACAGGCAGUACAUGCACAUAGGGACCAUGGUGGAGUUUGCCUUUGCCUUAAUUGGAAAGCUCGAUGUUAUCAACAAACACUCCUUCAAUGACUUCAAACUUCGAGUUGGUAUUAACCAUGGUCCAGUGAUCGCUGGAGUCAUCGGAGCCCAGAAACCACAGUACGAUAUCUGGGGAAACACAGUGAAUGUAGCCAGCAGAAUGGAAAGCACUGGAGUUCUGGGCAAAAUACAGGUGACGGAGGAGACGAGCGGCAUCCUUCUGACCCUGGGCUACAUGUGUUCUUGUAGAGGCAUCAUCAACGUCAAGGGCAAAGGAGAGCUCAAGACCUACUUUGUGCACACAGAGAUGACCCGUUCACUGUCCCAGGGGAAUGUAAUGCCGUGAGACUGGUUCCCAUUCACAAUAUGGAGUAUUCUGAGUUUACAUUAGCGCGACAGACAGACCAUUUCUGAGCGAAAACGUUUGAUCUGUUUGGAGCUACUUUAAAAACACAAAGCGAGGCACAAAGAAAUCAGAUCUGUGACACAAAGAGGACAAAUCAGAUUGUAUCGCUGUAUUGCAGGAUUCCUACACCACAGCUGUAGUAUACAUUUAGUCACUUAUGUAACUGUAAGUGUAGCAUGUACAGCAAGUAGGCAGUACCUCUGGAAUAUUUUUAUUUUGAAUGCUGGAUUCAGAAAAGUCCCAGUGGCACGUGUCAGUCAGUUGUAAUGUUGUAGACAUCGAGUCAGAAAGGAAAAUGUGAAAUGAUUUGAGUUGAUCUGAGCAUCCUGACUCAGUUUUAAGGAGGACUGAGGUUGUGGCCUCCUCUUCAGCCCGGUGCAUCAAAAACAGGAUCAGUAUUUGGGUCAUUUUACAUUUAUUAUCAACUUCAAACAUUCUGCAAUAAAAUACAGAGUGGAAAAUGUAAGUAUGCAACAAAUUUUAACAUCAAGGCUUUUAAAAGUGAGUAAAAAGCAGAUCAAAGCACUAAAGCGAACAAUGUUAACUCAUCAUCAUUUGGGUGUCUCAAGAGUAAAAAAGCAAACAGAUCAGAAUACUGAAUGAAAGUAAAGGGUAAACAAUAAAGGGAAGAACUGUACAACUACUGGUGCAAAGAUAAGCUGGUCUUAUUUAGAAAACACAGCCAACAAACGAGGAGACACAUCGUGUGUACAUAAGUCCAUCGACUUUGUUAGAAGCACGAAAUCUUGGAUGUAUUUUUCAGAUGGUCUAGAACCAUUAAAAGCAUUUAGGAAAAAAAGAUGAAUAUAUUAUCAUAUUCAUACAGGGCCCUGUUUCCCAAAACUGUCUUUGCACUACAGUCAUCUUGUCGUCAUCGACCGUUUGUGAACACAAAUGGCAAAGACCUGGUUUCUCGACGCCUGCAAAAAAAAAAAAAAAAAAGGGAAAAUGUGUUUGUUUCUGUUCAAAGUGGAGGCUGAGAGGAUCAGAUCUGAGCUAUACAGAUUUAAAAAGUAGGUUAGAGUAAAGCUAUUGGAUAACAAAGGGAUAACCGUGAUUUAAGUGUGAGGAUUUAAAUUUGGGAAACCAAAGCCUGAUCUGUGUACAGGGUAGCUUUAGAGUGUGUAUGGUACGGUGGUUUUGUAAGAAAAGAAAAUACUACCAAAAAAGUGUUUUGAUGUUUUGAUGAUGCCAUUGUUUUUUGUAAAAACUUCAUUAAAAUUUCUAUGUAUUUCA